CCGCGUGUUGUCCGCCAAUCAGCGCGCGCCGUGCGCGUGACGUCGAAGCAGGCGGAAGUGCGCUGCUGUUUUGGGAGCGUGUGCAGACUCUCCAGGGCUCACGGUUUCCCGCAGCUGUAAGCAUGACGGACCCCAGUAAACACGACAUCACCGCCGUGCUCAAGCGCCUGCGCUCCGUGCCCACGAACAAGGUGUGUUUUGACUGCUCUGUGAAGAACCCCAGCUGGGCGAGCAUCACAUAUGGUGUCUUUCUCUGCAUUGACUGUUCAGGGACACACCGCUCACUGGGAGUUCACCUGUCCUUCGUCAGGUCCACUGAGCUGGACUCGAACUGGUCCUGGUAUCAGCUGCGCUGUAUGCAGGUGGGCGGCAAUGCCAGCGCGAGUGCCUUCUUCAGUCAGCAUGGCUGUAUCACCAAUGCAGCCAAUGCCAAAUACAACAGCAGAGCAGCAGCGCUGUACCGAGAGAGGAUCAAGAGUCUGGCCACGCAGGCCACCAGACAGCACGGCACCGAGUUAUGGCUGGACAGUCAGGCUCCUCUGUCACCCACAUUACCCCUCGACAAACACCAGGAUUUCUUCACCCAGCACACCCAGACUCCUCUUAGGGAAGGAUUCAGUGUCCAGAUGAACACCGGCCCACCAAAGGAAGAAGUUCAGGAUAAAAACAACAACGGUGAGAGCGAGGUGGGUCCCAGUGUGGAGCAGCUCAGUGUGUCUCCUUCAUCUGCUGCAGAUCUGUCCUCUCUGAUCAAGAAGAAGCACACCACAGGAAAGAAAGCGGCGGGCAGCAGGAAGGCCGGUCUGGGUGCUCAGAAGGUCAGCAGUCAGAGCUUCAGUGCGCAGCAGAAGAGAGCUCAGGCCGUAGACAGACAGCAGGAGGAGAGGAGCCCACAGAAGAGCAGCAGCACUGAGCCCGAAGUUCUGUCUCUGAGCCGUGCCUAUGAGAGUCUGGAGGUGCAGCGGAGGAGUGACGAGGUGAAGCUGAGCCGUCUGGACAGUAAGAAGCAGGAGCAGGCAGAGCGGCUCGGCAUGGGCUUCGGCGGACGCAGCGGUCUGUCUCACUCGGUGAUGGAGGACAUGCAGAUCAUCCAGCAGGAGUCUCCAGCUCCGAGCUCCUCCAGUAGGAGAGUGUAUGAGGAGGACGAGGAGCAGGAGGACAGGAGCUUCUCCUCCAGGCUCCUGGAUGAAGGUGCAGGAUCCUCUGAUCUGUUCUUCUCUCAGUGGAAGGGAGCCACGAAGCAGACAGACUACAUGGACGCAGACGAGAGGGUGACAGCGAGGAGGAAGGAGCCACAGCCCGUCUCUGAUGAUGCUCAGAGGAAGUUUGCCAAUGCCAAAGCCAUCUCCUCAGACAUGUUCUUCGGGAAGCAGGACAACGCAGAGUAUGAAGUGCGAGCGCGGCUGGAGAACUUCUCGGGCAGUUCAGCGAUCAGCUCAGCCGAUCUGUUCGACGAGCAGAAGAAGUCAGCAGCGGUGUCCUCGGGCUCCUACAUGAGCAAGGUUCUGCCGGCCGUGCCAGACAUGGUGCAGUUCAAGAGCGGCGUCCGCUCGGUGGCCGGGAAGCUGUCGGUGAUGGCCAGCGGAGUGGUGUCCUCCAUACAGGACCGCUACAGCACUUGAGAUCGGCUCCAGGCUCCUGAAGAUCCUGCUCCUCGCCUCUCUUAUCUUAGCCCUACAGCUUUAUCAUUUACUCGCUGGGUUUGUUUGGGAUUUUCUUUGUUUAAUGCCGCAGCUUGAGUUGUGACUGAAACAAGUCUUUUUUUGAUCACUUGGGGACCAAACUCCUCUUUAUUUGAAGAGAAAUGUUUGCACUAUACUCCAGCUGUAUGUCCUACAGUAAUGUGGAGAGCAGCACAGUACUCGUGUUGUUCUCAUAGAGAAGCUUUAUAUGAACCAUGUGUAAUGUAGCAGAAGAUAUGUGCGCUGAUGAAGAUGAGAGGGUCGUCUCGGGUUCGUUUCGCACACUACAAACGUGACAAUCGUUUACCUGAAGCCUUAUUCAUCUCAUUGCCUUAUCUGUGUUUGGUUAUCAUAUCUGUGUUUAUCUUGCUUUGUCACUUAUGAACAUGUAUAAAACACUGAUCCUGUGGGUGAUUUAUGUGGUUAGUGGGUUUAAUUCAAUAAAGAGCAGACUUGAAAAAUAA